AUGAACGUCCAACAUCCGAAUCUUCCGAAAGCCGACAACGGUAUUCUAAAGAUAGAUGCUAUGAUAGAGCAUUCUUUAAAGAUAUUCAGGGGUGUUGCAGCAAAUAGGUACAAAGAAAGCAAACCACCAAGGAAGAUGAUCAGUGCUCUUAAUAAGAAAGAUUACAUCGCUCCUGCAAACGAUAAAUGGCGUCACGACGACAGCCAAUCGGACGACGAAGAGCCCAAAUUGAAAAAGAUGAUGGAGGAUAAAUUUGGACGCAAGAAGAUUAAGAUUUUCAGCAAUUCUUCUGAAGGUGACGAUGAUGAUGGUAAUGAUGAAGGUGGUGAUGGUGGAGAUGUUGGUGCAUCUGCUGCUGGUGCACAUGGUACUAUUUCUGCUGGAGGUGAUGAAGAAGAUUCUGACUCUGAUGAUAAUGAGCCAGAACCAGGAUAUGAGUUCUAUCUUGAUGAGCGUGGGGUUAAGAAGGUACGUCGGAUUAGACAGGAGGAGGAUGCCGAUUAUGUUCCGUCUGAUACUGAAGCAGAGCGUUUAAAGAAGAAACAAACUGUUGUUCGUAGGAAGAAAAAGAGUAGGAAGUACAUUGGUGCUUCAUCUGUGCAGCCAACCGUGUCACAACAAGAAUCUGUUCACGAAGCGGAAAUGAAUCCAAAUUUUGGACUCACGGCCGGAGAAGCUUCUGCUAUGGUAUCUUCUCCUCUAAGGUUAACUGAACCACCUCCUGUGGUUUCUUUAACAGUUGAAACGCCAACGGUUACGCCACAAGCUGAACAUGCGCACACAAUGGCAUCUACUAUCCGAGCAACUACUUCUCAGCACAGCUCAGAACGCCGACAAAGAAAAUUUUCUGAAAUGCAGCCAGACGAAAAGGUAGUUUUCUUAUUUUCUCAACUGCAAGCUGCUGCAGGUCAGAUUGACAGACAAUCGGCAUUCAUGAACGUUACAAGAAACGAUGUGAUCAAGCAACAGGUGGAGAUCAAAACGUUAAAAUCCACUGUUGAACGGCAACAAGCAGAAAUUGAACGCCAACAAGCAGAAGUUGAACAUCUAAAGGCUGAGAACGAACGUCUAAAAGCUGCUGAUGAUAUACGAGAACGACAAUUGGUGCAGAUGCGUGCAGCUGAUAAUGCUCGUGGGAUUGAAAUGAACCGAUUGAAAGAAAGGAGUACCGAGGUUCAACGAGUUGCUGAUUCACUUAAGGCAAAGCAUGAUGUGUGA